AUGGUAGAUGAGGUGAGACAAAAGCAAGGUCAUUUUCGCGUGGAGGCAGAGAGGCCAGUGUGGUCUGAGACGGACGCAAAGGUGACUAUAGUGAUGGACAAAGAAGCUGAGCUGUGCAAAGAAGACAGCGGUGCUACACGAGACUGCUGCACAGUACUCCAGAGCCCUGAAGCUACUGUGGAUAAUGCAGCAAUGAGUAUUCGAGUGCAGCUACCACGCAAGAUCUUCAUUUCAGUUCUUUGUGGUGCGCAUCCAGAAGUGGAAUUGCUGAAUCAUAUGAUCAAAGGCUCUCUCUGUGGGGUGAAGAAGCAGAAACUGUCCAGUUUGCCCCCCUCUGGCUCAGGCGGCGGUGGUGGCGCCUCCUCCUCCUCCCACUGCAGCGGGGAGAGCCAGUGCCGAGCCGGGGAGCUGGGACUAGGAGGCGCCGGGAUGCGGCUCAACGGACUGGGCGGGCUGAGCGGCGGCGGCGGCGGCGGCGGCUGUACCCACUCUCCCCCCCAGGGUUGCGGCGGCGGCGGCAGUGGCGGGGGCAUCUCGCUGUCUCCACCUCUGAGCUGUGGAGUGGGAACCUUACUUUCUACUCCGGCCGCCGCCACCGCCUCCUCGCCGUCCUCCUCGUCUUCAUCCCCGGGCUCCCGGAAGAUGGUGGUGUCAGCGGAGAUGCGCUGCUUUUGCUUCGAUGUGCUCUACUGUCACCUGCAUGAAUGUCAACAGCCCCGGAACCCCCGCUUCACCAACGAGCCCUACCCACUGUUUGUAACAUGGAAGAUUGGUCGAGACAAAAGAUUGCGUGGAUGCAUAGGUACUUUUUCUGCCAUGAAUUUGCAUUCAGGACUCAGGGAGUACACACUUACCAGUGCCCUUAAAGACAGCCGUUUUCCACCAAUGACAAGGGAUGAGCUGCCACGGCUUUUCUGCUCGGUGUCUCUUCUCACUAACUUUGAAGAUGUCUGUGAUUAUUUGGACUGGGAGGUGGGUGUACAUGGCAUUAGAAUAGAAUUCAUCAAUGAAAAAGGAUCAAAACGCACCGCCACCUACCUACCAGAGGUUGCAAAGGAGCAAGGAUGGGACCAUAUUCAGACCAUUGACUCCUUACUGAGAAAAGGAGGCUACAAAGCUCCGAUUACUAAUGAAUUCAGGAAAACUAUAAAGCUGACCAGGUACCGCAGUGAAAAGAUGACCUUGAGUUAUGCUGAAUACCUUGCUCAUCGCCAGCAUCAUCACUUCCAAAAUGGCAUCGGGCAUCCCCUUCCGCCAUACAACCAUUAUUCCUGACACUGAGCCGCACAACCAGUUACUGGGCCUCUCUGCAGACCUCUUUCCGGGAGACCCUACACCUUCUUGGUCUAGCUAUCUCUUUUAUUGUACCAUUUUAUGAUGAUAGUUUCCGUUGCCAUGGUGAAGCUUCAGCAUUGUCAGUUAAGACCAUCAUGGUAACGGG